AUGCUCGCUAUUCUUGGGGCGGACAAAAUUUGGCGCCAGUUUUUUUCAUUUCUGGACAGGAGGCUAACGUCCCCAAACUUUGUACUCAGUACCUUGCAGCUUGCUACAGCACAAGUCAAUUUUGGUGCUGAGGAGACAUGGGUGUCCUAAAUGUAAUUUUUGCUGUUUUAUCCGCCGGAAUUGCAAUUAUUCUGUUUUUUGCACUCAGACCGAAAACAUAUGGGCCUAUUAAACCCCUUGAAGAGAAAUGGUGGGGUGACGGUGUAAGAAAGCCAGAAAACCAAGACGUAACUCGGUUCCAUCUCCAGUUCCACCCCCAGAAAUACACAGGACUGUUAUCCAAGCUGGCAUCAACACGCUUCUUUCAGUCACUUGAAGAUGUAAACUGGGAAUAUGGAACAAGGCCGGAUUUUAUGCAAACUGUUGUAGACUACUGGCAGAACAAAUUUUCGUGGGAAUCGCAGGUAAAUUACAUGAACAAGUUCAAGCAUUUCAAGACAAAUAUAGAUGGCAUUCAGCUUCACUUUGUACACAUGAAACCCUCAAAUGUGAAACCAGAAACUAAAGUUCUUCCCAUCAUUCUGGUACAUGGAUGGCCAGGCUCUUUCUUUGAAUUUCACAAAGCCAUACCAUUAUUGCUAGAAGAAAAAGAUGGCAUUGCAUUUGAAAUAGUAGUCCCUUCAUUACCUGGGUAUGGCUACUCAAGUGCACCUCGCAAAGCUGGUAUGAGUCCAGAGUACAUUUCAAUUGUCAUGAAGAAGCUCAUGCUGAGGCUUGGUCACAAGUCAUUCUAUGCGCAAGGAGGUGACUGGGGAUCUGAUGUCGCUCGAAUGAUGGCCAGAUUGUUCCCAGGAAAUGUCAAAGGCCUUCAUGUCAAUAUGUGGGUUCAUCUCACCAAUCCCCGCUAUCCAGUUCUAACACAUGUGCUUGGAGCUAUAGCCCCAUCUUUAGUUCUUCCAGACAAAAAAGAAAGAGACAGAAUAUUCCCAGUUUUAGGUCUUUUACUAAAUUUGUUAGAGGAUACUGGAUACGCACACUUACAAGCAACAAAGCCAGAUACCAUUGGCUUUGCAUUGAACGAUUCCCCGGCUGGUUUAGCGUCCUAUGUACUUGAGAAGUUUGUUAUGGGCUUCAGUGGGACAACAUGUCAUGACAAGGAUGUUCUUGCAUGCACGGGACAAAAAGUCACCUUAGAUGAGCUUCUAACAAACGUGAUGAUAUACUGGGAUACAAACUCCAUGCCAUCAGCUGUUCGCUUGUACAAAGAGGCUGUCCAGAGCAAAAACGCUGACUUGAAUUUCUACCCAAUCACUGUUCCAACUGGUUUUGCAGACUUCCCUCGUGAAGCUCUCCCGCCUCCAAAAUCAUGGGUUGAGGCAUCCUGCACCAACCUUGUUAGCUAUUCAGUUAUGGAAAAUGGAGGUCAUUUUGCUGCUUUUGAAGAGCCUGCUGCAUUUUCAGAGGAUGUCAGAAAAUUUGUCCUCAAAGUAGAAUCACUGACAAGCUGAUCACCCAAUUACUGCUUUGGAGCUGCAAACUGUUAUUAUAUCAAAACAUGAUAAUGAAGCCAUAUUUGACUUCAAGAAGUCAAAUAUCUUCAAAAGAACGACUAUUUUAUUUCAUUUUAUGCGCUUUUUAGAAUAUAAGAAACUUCAGAAGGAGUGCUAUUCGCCGAAUUGGUUUGAUUUCAUUCGAGCUGUAAAAAUCGCUAUUAAGAAAUGUUCUUCAACAGUGGCCCUCUGUGAUAAUGUAAGCAGUAAACUGGAUGUUGAUUAAACCUUUUUGUUCGUGUAAAA